AACUUGGUCAACCAUGGCGGCACGAGCCAUUCCCGAUUGCGACCCCAGACUUCAUAAUCCCUCAAACACAAUGAGUGCGACAUCGGAAGACUCAUCACCGGCUUCACCAGCCUGGAACGUCAUUGAAUUCACUUCCAGUGAAAAUGACACACAUUCUGAGUUAGUAGUCAUGUGUGCCUACCGACGGUUUAUUGUCACCCUUUCUGCAGACAACUUCUCCCGAUCAUCAGCCUUGAGAAAGAAAUAUAUCUUUUUCCUAGAAGUUGCCGAAAACUACGAAGUAGACGGAUAUACAAUCGACGAUUUCCAUGAUUGGAUUGUUGAGCCACUUCUCCCGAUCUUUCGAGAGCUACCAGAGAUUGUCACGGACCGAACGCUUCAAGACUUCCUUUUCCCAGAAACUUAUACUUACACACUGGACGCCGAAGGGGACAAAUUGGCUGCCACGCCACUUGAAAGGAAGGAUGUCACAGAACCAAUAUUCGGUAUCCAUUUAUCUGAUGACAUUUGCGGACUCUGGCCUUUGUUUGAGCCAUGCCAAGUUCAUCUACGCACAGAGACCAAGCUUCCUGGGCCACACUCGAAUACUCCUUCUCAAGUCCAGCUCCCUGAUGGAUCUAUCGCUUUUCCAAAACUUAUCAGGUCUGGGGACAAGAGUUCGCUCAUGAAUGAGAUUGACACAUAUGAAAGGAUACAGGCCGCCGGCCUCAACGAGACACUGCACAUUCCACGUCUGCUUGGCUUAGCGCCGGGUGAUCACGGCCAAGUCUUCGCGUUGCUCUUGUCAUACAUUCCUUGCGGUCGCAAAACUCUGCUAUGUGCUUCGAAGCAAGGUACUUCGACAUGCCUCAAGCAAAAGUGGAUCCGUCAGAUCACCAAUGCUGUUGAUCAACUACACAGAGCCGGAAUUGUCUGGGGCGACGCCAAGCCAGAUAAUAUCCUCGUCGAUGGCAAUGAGAACGCCUGGUUGAUCGACUUCGGCGGAGGAUACACGGAAGGUUGGGUGCCUCGAGAAUUGAGAGGGUCAAUACAAGGUGAUUCCAAGGGCCUUGAGAAGAUCAUUCAGUUUCUCAGUGCUUGACGGACGAGGGUUGAUAAAGUGAUUAUACUCGAAGAUCAAUGCAAAGUUUGUCUUUGAUCUUGUCACGGUGCAUCUGACGGCAG